AUGUCAUCGAAGCUUUGCGACCGAAUUUCGACUGACCCUUAUUCUACGGCACCAACAAUUUUACUAAUUGGCAAAGCAGGUGCGGGAAAAAGUACAUUGGCAAAUAUGUUGAUCGGAGAAGAAAAAUUCAAAACAUCAGAGGGUCUGGUAAGAAAUAUACGGUAUCGGUAUUUAUUUAAUUCAUUGAUUAAUAUUGACAGUCAGAUUUUAUUUUUCAAGGAUACUUGCACCAAUAUUUGUCAGAAUACUUUAAUAAAUUUGAAUAGUAAGGAAUAUAACCUAGUUGAUACACCGGGUAUUUUUAGUACAUAUGGACCCAAUGAUGAUGAAGUCCUGGGUGAGAUUGCACAGUCAAUUGUCAGAUGUAACCAUGGAAUAAUAGCGUUUUUGUUCGUUAUAGCUUGGAGUAAAUAUGAUAAAAUGGAACAGAUGAUCAACGACAUAAUCCUAAAUUUCCUUGGUUGAGAAGAAUCUUGUCGCCAUAUGAUUGUUGUUUUUUCUAAGUGUAGAAAGAGACAAACUAAAGACCGAUAUUUUAUGGAAGAUUGUUUCAAUGACAGAAUCAAAUCAUUUUUGGACAAAGUCGGAAACCGUUGGGUUAUCUCGCCAGAUCCAGAUAUGUUUGAAGAACCUAAAUCAGUUGUGGAGCGUCAUAUGAAUGACUUAAAAUCUUAUAUUGGGUUAAUGCCAAAGCCCUAUACCACAAAUUAGUUUUGGAAAAUUAGAAUAGCACGUGAGAUAAAACUACAAGAUAUUGAAGAUGCAUGUCGAAAUCAGUGAAUUUCGUCAUGUCGAAAUUGUCGAAAUUAUUUCGGCAAUGACCUUUUAUUUUCGUCAAGCAACUUUAAUUGAAAUGAAGAUUGGAGAUGAAUUCUUGUCAGAUCUAUUUAAUAAUUAAUAAAUUUUU